CUUUGGGUGUGAGGGAUGGCUACGAACUAUAAAUGGUCCAAAUAUCACACCGUGUACAGCUCUGAGGAUCUGCACAAGACAGAAUAUAACCAGAAGUCCAUUGACCGCCAUGAUGGUAGAGAAGAGACCAAUGUUCCACACAACGACAUCACGAGGCUCCUCACAGGCAGAGGCCCAUCUCUUUGGCUCAUACAGUGUGACUACAUUAUUCUCAUUUGGCUGUGGGAUGCCAGUCGUGCAGGGAGCUGUGCCACUUCAGAGAGUUCUCACCACAGAGAAAUGCCGUCCAAUGUAGAAAUAAAGGCGUGGCUGCGUGACCUGGACCACGUGACCAAGCGCGCGAGGGAGCUGAGUGGUUCUGAUGGGACGAUCAUCCGCCAGCAUGACACGUUCUUCCACACGCGGGAGGAGGGUCGCCUCAAACUCAGGGACCUCUUAAACGGAAGUGGGCAGCUGAUAUUCUAUGACAGACCAGAUAUGAGUGGCCCCAAACUGUCCAACUACUCCAUCAGUCCCACAAACGAUCCACAAGGCCUGAGUAGAGUACUGUCAGAUGCUUUAGGACAGGUGGGCCAGGUGAAAAAGGAGAGACGUCUGUAUAUGGUGGGGCAGACUCGAGUACAUGUGGACUCCGUGGAGGGUCUGGGAGACUUCAUGGAGCUUGAGGUAGUUAUGAGGGAAAACCAGAGCGCAGAAGAAGGAGUUGCCAUUGCCCACCAGUUGAUGCAGGAUUUGGGCAUGAAGAAGGAGGACCUGAUUGAUGGUGCAUACAUGGACCUCCUACUUGCAAAAGGUCUUCAGAAUGGAAAGUAAUACCUAUGGCAUGAAUUUCUGUUCAAUUGUGAAAAUAAAAUUCACUGAUUUUGUGCUGCUGUUUUUCUUUUUUUAUAAGGGUGAUACUGUACGGUAUGUUACCAACAUUAAAGAAAAUAAGAAAACUGUA